UGUGCUGCCUACCUGAAAAUGAGAGCCCGCCUUCCCGAGCCAUGGCCCGCUGUAACUUACUAAAGCCCACCCGAUGUUGCUGUGCCAAUGUUGACACGCCCCCUUAAGCGCCCUAUGCCUUUACUCCCUCACUGCUAAAAUGGGGAUUAAUAUUCGCAGAGUGGGGCUUUUGAGUGAAGAACUGGAUUAUGUAGCUGACUUUGCUGAUAGUUGAGAUGAACGAGAAACUAUAGCUGAAGAAUGGCCUGCUCACCCCAGUCUGAAGUGGAUUGGUCCAACAUCUGGGUCCUGUAAUUAAGGGAGUUGACUCUGCCCUUGUUGAUUCUAUCCCGUUUUUAUCUGAGUAUGUCUAUAAAUGGAAAAGCUGGUGCAGUCAUCGUGAACCACUGGGAUCCUUCUAACGUCUGCAGACCCUGCAGUCUUUGGAGUCAGCAAACAGAGGGUGUGGACCUGUGGAAGUUCUGCUCGCUGUCCCAGCUGAACCUGAAGAGAAAAGGGACCAGAGGAGUGAUGAGAUGAUCACUAGACUGGAAAGGAAGGCUGCACACAGCAGAAGGAUCUAGUAGAGGGGUCAUCAGUGUGUGUGACAAGGCAGCCAACGAGGCUAAGGUGGCUAUAGGCUGACUCUGGAGAGUGAUACCCUCGCUGUCAUUAUCUGUGGGCUGACUACAUCCGGGAGCAUUGUAUUGAGGACUGGGUGCCACAUUUUAGGGAGGACAUCGAGAAAAUUGGAGUAAGCUCAUAAGGGGACAACCAGGAAACUGAGAAGACUGGAGACCGUGCCAUGUAAAAUCUGAUGGAAGGAAUGCAGGAUGUUUAGACUGGAGAAAAGAAGACUUGGAGGGAGAGCUUGAUAGAAAUGACAUUGGAGGUAAUCUCUUGAAGAGAAUAGUCAGAGAAGUUUGUCUUCCUUUACCAGGAAUCACCUCCUGCCCCAUCUACCUAUGGACCUGCAUUACCAGAGAUGUAGCUGAACAUUUCUUUCUCCAGAGUUUCUUUAUUACAUAUUCCAUAAUGGCCAGGAGCUGCUCCGAGUGCAAGGAGAAGAGACCGGCACACAUUCUCUGUACCUACUGCAACCGAUGGCUGUGCAGCUCUUGCACCGAGGAGCACCGGCAUGCCAAGGACAUGGCAGACCAUUUUCUUUCUCUAGCCCAGAAGGGAUCUUCAGGAAUGGACAGUGUGCCCAGUGACUCUUCCUCGUACUGCCCAUUGCAUGGACAAGAGAUUCUCAAGUUGUUCUGCGAGACGUGUGAUGUCCUCACAUGCCACAGCUGUCUGAUGAUUGACCACAAAGAUCACAGGUGCAGGCAUGUAGAAGAGGUUUUGCAAAACCAAAGAAUGCUUCUGGAAAAUGUGACCACUCAAGUGGAGCAUAAGAAAACGGGGUUACAGGCUUCUGCUAAACAGAUUGAAGACAGGCUAUUUGAAGUCAAGCAUCUUCACAGGAAAGUGGAAAACCAGAUCAAAAUGGCCAAGAUGGUUCUGAUGAAUGAAUUAAACAAGCAAACCAAUGGACUUUUGGAGCAGCUGGAGGGACUUACCAAUGAAAGGAAGCAGAAACUGGAGCAGCAGUUACAGAGCAUCAUGGUCUUAAACCGCCAGUUUGAGCAUGUGCAGAACUUCAUCAACUGGGCAGUCUGCAGUAAGAACAGCAUCCCCUUUCUCUUCAGCAAAGAACUGAUUGUGUUUCAGAUGCAGCGUUUGCUGGAGACGAGUUGUAACACAGAUGCUGGUCCUCCAUGGAAGAUCAGGUUUACCUGGGAGCCUUCCUUCUGGACAAAGCAGCUGACAACCAUAGGUUGUAUAACAACAGAAAGUGGACCUCUCCCCCGUCCAGACGCCCUCAGCUAUGGAAACAUGCAAGGGUCAUCUUUUUAUCAUGGUCACCUCUCCCCAGCUCCCCAGCAGGAUCCUCUUAGCAGUCAGCCCCAUAAGUUCCAAGCUUCAGGCACAUGUUCCACACCAGUCUGCUGUUCUCACUGCCCCCCGCCCCUCCAUGUGCACAAAAGCCAGGCCCCACACCCCAGCCCACACCAUCCCCAGAGCUUCCGACAGCCCCCUGAGAUGCAGCCCCCACCACACAUGUCUGCCCAGUACACGACGGCAGCACCCCCCAGUGAGAAAGAUCAGGCCUGUAGUCCCCCUCCUGUGAAGUUGAUGCAGCCCUGGCUGGACCCCCAGCUGCACACAGAGCCAGAGGGUGCCUCCCAGGGGCUGGGCAAGCUCACCCAUGCACAGCCCCUGCAGCCGGGCCCACAUCCUGCCUGUGCAGGGGCCCCACCAGCACAUGCCCAGCACACUCAGCGUCCUCUGCAGGCCCCCUCUGUCCAAGUCCAGUUUGGCCACCACCAGAAGCUGAAGUUCAGCCAUUUUCAGCAGCACCAGCAGCUGCCACCUCCUCAGCCCCCACAGCCACAGCAGCAGCCACCACCACUGCCACCACCUCCGCUGACCACAGGUCAGCACGAGGGUGCCCAUGAGCCUGUCCUGCAUCCUAGCCUGGACAUCAUGCACCAUAAGUUUGAGCUAGAGGAAAUUCAGAAGGACCUAGAGCUUCUCCUUCAGGCUCAACAGCCCAGUUUACAGCUCAACCAGACCAAGUCGCCUCAGCAUGUGCAGCAAACCAUCGUGGGCCAAAUAAACUACAUAGUGAGGCAGCCCGCCCCACUUCAGCCAGUCCAAGAAGAAGUCUCCCAGGCCUGCGAGGAACCCAGUGGAACCGAAGGCCCCAAGCCAGUCCCACCUCUUGACAGGACUGUCAUCCCUCCUCUAUCCCAGGCCAUGGCAGAAGAUGCCCCUGUCAGCAUGCAUCCUCUGGACAGCACCCUGCAGCCCUCCUCUCCUAAUCCAGUGAGAAAGCGCUCAGCCUCGGUGAGCAUAAUGGGCUUCUCCAAUACACUGGAAAUGGAACUGUCAUCCCCAAGAACAGGGAGGGCAGUGGAGCCACAGAUCCAGAGUGUGACCAGCCUGACACCUAGCUCCUGCUCCCACAGCGUGGGCCCUGCUUCCAACACGCAGCCGGAAACGGUGCCCAGUUAUGGUCCACCAGCCACCCGGGUCCUGCACCCUGGGGAGGGGGCCAGCCACUUGUGUUUGGGAGAUGUUCUCUUGGGCAAUGUACCAUGCAAGAUGGAAAACGAGGAUUCCAAGCCCAUUAGUGACUCUCUGGGACACAACACAGCAACUGCCUGCCCCGAUGCUCAGGAAGAAUUAAUUCUUCCUUUACAAAAAAUCCUAGAGGAACCAAUUAAUCUCUCAGUGAAGAAACCCCUUCAUCUUGCCUCUCCCCCAGUGCCAGCUGUCAAUGCCUCUCCUCUGCCAUCCACAACUGCAAAGCCUCUUUGGCACACAGAAGAUUGUAGCCAUUCUGAACAGCAGCCUUUUGAGGCACACACGAAGGGGAAUCCAGACAUCAGGACUGAAGAGCUGAAGAUGCCCUACGUUCGUCUGGAGCGCCUGAAGAUCCGUGCGGCGGCCUCAGGGGAGCUGCCGGUGUUUAAGCUGCAGAGGGAGCAGGACGGGACCUUCCUGCUGGUCAUUGAAUGUGGGGCGGAGUCGUCCAGCAUGUCCAUCAAGGUCAACCAGGACAAUUUGCCAGAUGCUUUGAAGCCUAAGGCUGAGGAUGCAGAAGCACGAAAUGUCCCUGUAGGCUUCCCAGUGGGGCCAAAACUGCCGUUGUUUGGGACCCCCUCUCCUGGGGAACAAAGGAGUCACAGUAAUCCUGGAGCCAAGAAGUCUCCGUCAGCUCCCAACACAGACCCAAUUGAGAAUGAGGACUUCUGCGCGGUGUGUCUGAAUGGGGGGGAGCUGCUUUGUUGUGACCACUGCCCCAAGGUGUACCACCUCUCCUGCCAUGUUCCAGCCCUGCUCAGCUUCCCCGGGGGUGAGUGGGUGUGUACUCUCUGCCGGAGCCUAACAAAGCCAGAGGUGGAAUAUGACUGUGACAAUACUCGCUAUGGCCAUGCCAAUCCUGGAGGGCGUGGACUCCCUGGCCUGAGCGAGUAUGAUCAGAAGAAAUGCGAGAAGCUGGUGCUGUCCCUGUGCUGUAGCAGCCUCAGUCUCCCAUUCCACGAGCCGGUCAGCCCACUGGCUCGGCAUUAUUACCAGAUCAUCAAGCGGCCCAUGGAUCUGUCCAUUAUCCGGAGGAAGCUGCAGAAGAAGGACAUGGCCCACUACUCGAGCCCAGAGGAGGUGGUGGCGGACGUCCGCCUCAUGUUCUGGAACUGUGCAAAGUUCAAUUACCCGGACUCAGAGGUAGCUGAGGCUGGCCGGUGCCUAGAGGUCUUCUUUGAGGGCUGGCUAAAGGACAUCUAUCCAGAGAAGCUGUUUGCUCGGCCAAGGCAGGAGGACUCGGACUCUGAGGAGGCUGAGAACGAGAGGGCUGGGUCCAGGACUCCCCAGGGCUUCCCGUGGCCCGCCUAUGGGCAGGAAUACAUCCAGCCCAAGAGGAGACGUCGCCACACCGAGAGUGAGAGAGCAAAGAGACUCUCAUUCCGUCUGGCCAGCAGCUUCCCCCAGGUGUGAGAAAACUGUGCUCCUGAAACAGGAGGCAGCCCAGAAUUGUGACCGCACCGGCCCCUUGCCCAUUCCUCAUUAUCCUUCAGGCCACAUCCUCUGGAGUGUCUCUGAGCAGCUUUCCAGUGGACUCUGGAAAAGGAAUCCAGCGGACGACCGCGUCUGGCUGCUGUUCGACAAUGGCAGAGUCUAGAGCACAGCUCUGGUCAGGCUGGGCCAGCCCUCCGAGCCCAUGGCUGCUUCUGCCCUGGGGAGGACACUGGGCUGUCCAGCUUCUUCUCCUCUCUUUAGCUGUGCAGAGGCGCAUGAGAGAAGCACUGCCUCUCUAGACACUGGCUGCCCUGUCAUCCCUGACACAGAACACAAAGGGGCCCCUGGGAACUUCCUUUUGUUGCAGAGACCAAGCUGCCAUCCCUGGCGGCCACAGAAUCCUUACAGGGAACUUUAGGGACCUUUGGCCGAAGUCUCUGCCUUUCCAGAAGAUAGUCUCCUCAACCUGUGUUCCCCAAGAACCCCCCAGUAUCUGUUCCUCAUUGUGAUGAGGCAGACAGGAGGAAGGGCCCCUGUUUCUUCAUUUUCCUUUCCUGACAUCACUCAGCUGUCCCUAGUUUUGUUUUGUGGGGUUUUUUUGGUGAGGCAAUGGGGGUUAAGUGACUUGCCCAAGGUCACACAGCUAGUAAGUGUCAAGUGUCUGAGGCCAGAUUUGAACUCAGGUCCUCCUGAAUCCAGGGCUGGUGCUCUAUCCACUGAGCCGCAUAGUUGCCCCUGUCCCUAGUUUUGAACACACCUUUUCACUCUUUUGUGGUUGUGUCUGCACUCUGUGGCUUUGCUUGGAUCGUUAACACAACUAUUUAAAGUCUCCCUUUGGAGGGAUUAAGGACACCUACAGAUUCUAGCCUGUUCUCACCUCCCAUUCCUGACAAGCACCUCUCUCUCCGAAGCUUCUUUUCUUGGCUCCAAAGGUGUCUCCUUGUGACUUGAGAGCCAUCUUUUCACCUGUGUUUGAGUCCUUGACUUUGUUUUCUGGGGUUGCUUUUGUGAUCUGUGUUUCCUGAUCUUGCAUAGUGCCUGGGAUCCCAGGGCCCUCCGGCUUGUCGGUGGGAGGGAGAGAGCAUGAUUGCUCCCUCAGCCAAGCUCCCAGGCCCAGUGCAGGGGCCACAGUGAUGCCUUUUUCCUCAUCACCAUCAUGGAGAAUACAUUGUAGAAGGAGCCUCAAUGGAUCUCCUGCCUUUUGAAUCUGUCCAGGAAAGAGCAAGCCCUCAUUUUGUUUCCCUUCCUUCUGCUUUCCAUUUGUGUCAUAAAUCAUAGAAUCUCUGGACUGGGAGGGACCCCAGAGGUCAUCUAACCCACCUUACUCUUAAACAGGAAUAUCUUCUAUAGCAUUCUCAGCAAGUGGUCAUCCGGCUUCUUCUUGAAGACCACCAGCAACGGGGAACUCACUACCUCAGGAGGUAGCCCAUUCCACCAUUGAAGAGCUCGGAUUGUUUGGAAGGUUUUCCUUCUGCUGUACUGAGAUCUGGCUCUCAGUGAUGUCCAUCUAUAGGGUCAAAGGGUUUAGAGCUGGAAAGUACUUUACAGUGACGAAGAAACUGAGGCCUAGAGAGGGGAAGUCAGUCAACUUGCCCACAGUCAAAGAGCUAGGAAGUAGUGCAACCAGAAUUUGAAUCCAGCUCCUCUGACUCCCCAAGUCUGGGGCUUUUCUCACACCUCACUAUUUUUAGCAGGGCCCACUGGAGUCAAGCAAAAUAAGUCCGAUGUCUUCUUUAUCUCUCAGCCCUUUAAAAUACUUAAAUAUAGCGAUUAUGAUAGCCCUUAAUUUUCUCUUCUUCAAUGUAAACAUUCCCAGUUCUUUUAGCUAAUCCUUAUGUGAUCUUCUGGUUGACCCUGUCUAGAUAGGCUUCAUUCUUUCCUAAAAUGCAGUACCCGGAACUAAACAUAGUACUCCAGGGCAGAGGACAGCAAGACUGUCAUCUCCCUUAUUUUAGACACUAUGCUUCCUAGGAACUUAAAUUACAUUUCUUUCUUUCUUUUUUUUUUGACUGGCAUGUCACACUGUUGAUUUUUACUGAGCUCGCAAUCCAUUAAAACCUCCAGGUUCUUUCUUUUUUUUAGUAAGCUGAAACUUUCAUGUAGUAUACUCCACCCCUAGUCCUGCCCUUAUACAGUAGAUUUUUGUUUUUUUGUUUUUUGUUUUUUGCUGGGCAAUUGGGGUUAAGUGACUUGCCCAGGGUCACACAGCUAGUAAGUGUCAAGUGUAUGAGGCUGGAUUUGAACUCAGGUCCUCCUGAAUCCAGGACCAGUGCUCUAUCCACUGCACCACCUAGCUGCCCCUACAGUAGAUUUUUAAAUGCAAGCUUAUGGCUUUUACAGCUGUCCCUUCUUGAUUUCACCUGAUUGGAUUGUGCUUAUUUCUCGAGCCAGCAGAGACCUCUCAGGAUCCUGCUUCUUUUGUCCAAUAGGUUAGCCGCUGCUUCCAGUUUCAUGUCAUCUGCAAAUCUCUGACAAACAUAACUAUGUCGUUAUUUUUCAUGGGCCAAGGACAGAGCCCUGCGAUGUUCCAUGAGCAGCAUCCCUCCACCACUGAUGGGUUCUACUACCAUCUCAUUACUCACAGAGUCACUGCUCUUUGAGGCUGGUCAUUGGUUGGUCAAGUUGCCCUUGUCUCGCCCACGCAGUUAUUCUGAAAAACUUUGUCAAAUGUCUUGCUGAAGGACAGGUAUGUUAUGUAGAUGGAAUUCUCCUCAUACGCUAAUUUAGCAAUCCUGUCAGAAAAGGAAAUGAAAUUACUUUUUUCAUAACAAGUCCUUGAUGAACGUAGCAUGCUUCAUUGGGCUCAGUUUCCCUUUCUAAUCAGUCAAUCAGAAGGAUGUACCAGGUGUGUUAGACCCAAUGCUAGCUGUUGGGGAGACAGAGACAAAUGAAACGUAGUUUGUGCUCUCAGGAAGAUUACAAUCUAAUGGGGGAGAUGACAUGGGCAUGUGAUACACACAUAUGCAGGCACAGAGAAGGAAAGGCAAAGGCAUUUAUAGAGCACCUACUAAAUGCCAAGCGCUGUGCUAAGCGCUUUAUAUAUACUAUCAUUUAGUCCUCACAACAAACCUGGGAGGGAGGGAACAUUAGCAUCCCCAUUUUACAGUUGAGACAACCCAGGCAAAGAGGUUAGGUGACUUGUCCAGGGUCACACUGCUUGUAAGUGUCUGAGUCGGGAUAUGAAUUUAGGUCUUCCAGGCCCAAUUCUCUAUUCACUGAUCCACCUUGCUGCCCUUACAUAUAUACUUAUAGAGCACAUACCGGGUAACCUUGGGAAGGAAGCACUAGCAGCUGUGCUUGAGGUAUUGCUUGAACCGAUUCUCAAAGGAAACCAGAGAUUUGUAGGUAAUCAAAAGCUCUCUCUUUAAGUAUUCUAGAAUGAAAUCUAGCUUGUUUUUGUUUUUGAGACUGGGUCUCCCUAUCUCUUCCAGGCUGAAAGUGCAGGGCCAUUCACAUGCCCAGCAUCAACACUGACUGGCACCGAAGCUUUAACCUGCUCUGUUUUUAUGACCUUGGUUGGUUCUGGCCCCCACCCCACACCUUAGGCAGCCUAGUGUUCAUCUCCUCCCAGGGCUUAUCAUACCAGUGCCAAACAGUGUAGAUGCCUGGUUGGUUUCAGCCCUGCUGCAGCUCAGAAUAUCAGAGUCCCAGUGAUCCAUCACUCUUAGGCUCCCCCCCUCCUCUCCCCCUGCCCCAACCAUGCCUGGCCUGACCUAUUAUCUGAAGAAUAUAACUUCUAUUUUGACAAUCUGGAUAUUUGGGUUUUUUUCCAGCCCAGUAGUAACUUUCCCAUUUCCCACAGUUUUUCAAAGAUCACACACACACACACACACACACAUAUGUAUAUAUGGGGUUUUUUGGUGAGGCAGUUGGGGUUAAGUGACUUGUCCAGGGUCACGCAGCUAGUAAGUAUGAAGUGUCUGAGGUUAGAUUUGAACUCAGGUCCUCCUGACUCGAGGGCCAGUGCUCUAUCUACUGUGCCACCUAGCUGCCCCACCAAUAUAUUUUCUUAAGAAAUAAUUUUCACAAUAUGGAAUAUCAUUUAUCCAGGCUUGAUGACCUAAACUCAUUGAUGUCAGCUCUCUUACCAUCUCCUCAGUAAUCUUGGGCUUGGAUUCCUUGUUAACUAUUUUUGUUCCAUAGUCCUUAGUCUGAGGAUCAUUCUCCUUAUUAGAGCAAACAGAAACAAACUAGGAUUUGAAUAAUCUUGUCUUCUGAGGACUCCACAUCAGGCCUAGAUGAUGGAUCUGUUUCUCCUCUAGCCCAGGAAGAUUGUCACUUCAUGCAGUAUUUGAAAAAAAGAUUGGCUCUUUGAAAAUGAUUCUGCCCUCGGUGAUGCUGGAGGAGAAGUAGACCUAUGAGAACUUAAGGUUAUUUUAUUGCCUUUGGACCAAGAGAUACAACUGGCCUUUUAACUAACUGGGGAGUAGCUGGAUUGUGGGGUGAGCAUGCAUUCAUUUUCAAAAUGGAUCAAGAACAAAGAACUCAAUUCAUAUAUCAGUUCUGAUCCUAGGAAAUGUCCCCUUCCUCUCACUGUGAAUUGAUGUUACUGAUAUUUUAUCCUUUCUCCAUCCCUUCUGCCUUGGGAUGGAAGGGCACUUUUGCUUUAAAUUGAAUAGAAUCUAGUUUUGGAACUAAAAGAAUAUAUUUAAGGAGAGUCAGGGUUCAACUAUCUUUUUCAUCCGGAUAACUCAUUAUUCUCUCCACAGCAUAUGCCAAACACUGCCGUGCUGAGGGGCCUCAGUAUCAUGUUGAAGAUCCUUCUCCUUUUUUCCAAACCUCAUUUUAGCAAGGACACACUGGUGCUUGACCCCUGUUCCCAGGGCACCUCGCUCGCUGGUUCAGGGGCCUGCUGGAUAUCCCUGUGUGUGUAUUUUUCUCCCUGAAGAGCACUCUUUCAUCAUGAGGCCUAGCAUGACCUAGGUCCUGGUUUCUUUCUGCCCAUUCCUGCCCUUGGCCUUCCUUUCUGGGUUGUUGCUGAGGAAUAAGGAUGACCACCAUCCUAGAAUGAACUCAUGUUACACUGGGCCUUGCUCCAAACAUGCUCAGCUCCAUCCAGAGGGAUUCCAGCCCAUCCUGGCACCUGGUAGCAGCUGCUACCAAGACCUUUUCCCAGGACUGAGCCAGAGUUUUUUGAGCAAACUCUGAGCAGGAGUUGCUAGGUCCAAAAAUGUCUUCCUCUUUUCCAAGCACCAAGCCUUAUCUAGAUCGUGCCACUCACUGUUCCGGAGUUCUGGGGCUGGGGAGUGGGUGGAGAAGAAGAGCCUUGCUGGUCGGUCUAUUGAUUGUCCUAGAAAAACACCAGGCUGACCAAAAUCUAAUUCCCCUUCGGUGACUCUUCCCUGGCCUUGAUAGGAAGACAUUUUUGCAACUCUUCUUGACCUCACUUGGGCGUGAUUUGGGUGGUCGGUGGUUAGUAAAGAAAAGAAGGACCCUUACCAAACAGCAGCCUCAAGAUGGGACUGAAGGGGUGGGGGAAGGGCAGUAUUUGUUGAGACCUCAAAUCAGUCCUCACUCAGGUCAUGAAUGGCAGCUCCCCAGAGGCUGAGAAUGGUUCUUCUCACACUCAUUGGAUAGAGCCACCUCUUUGUUUAUUAGCAGUUCAUCGAGUGCUUGUGUUUCUCUCACUGCUGUCUUUUGGGGGGAGGAAGCUUUUGAUUUUUUUUUAAUGUAAAACAGGAUUUACUGGCAACAUUAAA